AUGGCCCGCACGAUCCUGGGAUAUAUUGCUGGAUGGUACGUCUGUUCCAUUGCACUAUCUUUAUACAACAAAUGGAUGUUCGAUCCUGAGCGCGGUCUGAGCGUACCGUAUCCCAUCUUGGUAACAAUGAUGCAACAAUGGAUUUUGUGGGGCAUCUCGUGGGUAUACCUGAAGUCCAAGGGCAUAGAACAGGUGGUUGAGCAAUCGCGGCAGCAGCGGUGGAAGUUCUACCUGAAGUUCAUUAUCCCCGCGGCACUAGCCACGGCGGGAGACAUCGGGCUUGCAAACGUGUCCUUCAAGUUUAUCACACUGACGAUCUACACCAUCGUGAAGUCAUCAAGCAUUGCAUUUGUGCUAUUGUUCGGGUGCUUGUUUAGAACCGAGAUGUUUCACUGGCGAUUGGCGUGCAUUGUCGCGGUCAUGUUCGCAGGCGUGGCCAUGAUGGUAUACAGGCCUAGAAGCGAUGGCGGCGGACCCGCGGACGAGCACAUAGUCCUGGGUGUGAUGCUAGUGCUGGGCAGCAGCAUGCUCUCGGGGCUCCGGUGGGUAUACACGCAGCUAGUCCUGCGGAAAGUUGAUGCUAACGUGGACCCAAGCGUGGGCGAAAAGAAAAAGAAGAGUCCCGUUGAGACGAUCCACCAAUUGACGCCAGUCAUGGGCCUCGCGCUGCUAGUGACCACGCUGGCCGUGGAGAAGCCUUUCCCCGCUGUCUUUCACUCGCCUCUCCUCCAGAUUGAAGACCACACGUCGGCCCUUUCGCUUGUGCGGGGAUUUUUCCUGCUGCUAACGCCUGGAGUUUUGGUAUUUCUCUUGGUGGUGUGCGAAUUUGGUAUCCUACAGCACGCGCAAGUUCUCACUCUGUCCGUGGCCGGCGUAUGCAAGGAGGUGAUCACUAUUCUUGCCAGCAUGCUUGUGUUGAGGGAGACCCUCAGCGGGUUCCAGAACUGGCUGGGGAUGGGCGUCAUAUUGCUUGACGUAUGCUACUACAAUUUCUACCGGUUCAGCCAGAAAAAGGGUGCUUCACAAGAGUCCAGUGACGACGCGUCCGAAGUUCUUCUUCAAGAAUUUGAACUAGAAUCAAACAAGCAGAUCCCGGAGCUGCAGAAAGUCUAA